CAGUGAGAGCGUGUACAGCAUGAGGCUGGUGUGGAAAUCCCUGGACAAGAUGAGGUGUCUGAGGAAACGCUCCACUAUUCCGUUCCUUGGCUUCCUCAUUACCUUCCUGCUCUUCCUGAACCUCUACAUUGAAGAUGGCUAUGUGAUGGAAGGGGAUAAAAGGCAGCUUAGGGAAACAUCCGCCCACCCUCCCAGCUCAGAACGAUACGUUCACACCUUCAGAGACCUCAGUAAUUUCUCUGGAACCAUUAAUGUCACAUAUCGUUAUCUUGCUGGAACCCCGCUGAACCGCAAGAAGUAUCUUACCAUUGGACUGUCAUCAGUCAAACGAAAAAGAGGAAACUACCUUCUGGAGACGAUCAAAUCCAUCUUUGAUCAGUCCAGUUACGAGGAACUGAAAGAGAUUGUGGUUGUGGUCCACCUGGCAGACUUUGACCUUAUCUGGUGUGAGAACUUGGUGCAGGAAAUCACCAGGAAGUUUGCGCACCACAUCAUAGCCGGACGCCUCCUGGUGAUCCAGGCCCCUGAGGAGUACUAUCCAUCUCUGAAUGGACUGAAAAGGAACUACAACGACCCGGAGGACCGGGUCCGUUUCCGCUCUAAGCAGAACGUGGACUACGCUUUCCUCCUCAACUUCUGCACAAACCUCUCUCACUUCUACAUGAUGUUAGAGGAUGACGUUCGCUGCUCCAGGAACUUCCUGACGGCGCUGAAGAAGGUGAUCACCUCCAGAGAAGGAUCCUACUGGGUGAUGCUGGAGUUCUCCAAGCUGGGCUACAUCGGGAAGCUGUACCACUCCAAAGACCUGCCACGUCUUGCUCAUUUCCUCCUCAUGUUCUACCAGGAAAUGCCCUGUGACUGGCUCCUCAUCCACUUCAGGGGUCUGCUGGCCCAGAAGGACGUGAUCCGGUUCAAGCCCUCGCUGUUCCAGCACAUGGGCUACUACUCCUCUUACAAAGGAGCAGAGAACAAGCUGAAGGACGAUGACUUUGAAGAAGACUCCAUAGACAUUCCUGACAAUCCUCCUGCCAACCUUUACACAAACAUCAAUGUCUUUGAAAACUAUGAUGCCACCAAGGCUUACAGCACUGUGGAUGAAUACUUCUGGGGAAAGCCUCCUUCCACAGGAGACUUCUUUGUUAUUGUCUUUAAUAAAUCUACCAAAAUAUGUAAGAUUAAAAUUGCUACUGGUUCUGAUGACCGUCAGAAUGACAUUCUCCACCACGGAGCUCUGGAAGUAGGAGAGAAACUAAUUGGGACUAAAAAAGGCAAACAGUGUUCAUCUUACAUCACAUUAGGGGAGUUUAAAAAUGGCAACAUUGAGGUUCAAGAUGUAGACCACAAAAUUGCCUUUGACAUUGAGUGUGUGCGCAUUGUUGUGACAGCCAGUCAGAAAGAAUGGCUCAUUAUUAGAAGUAUAAGUUUAUGGACUACACAACCCCCCAGCCAAUGAAAACUAUAGAUAAAGACUCUUAGUUUGUCAUCGAGGGAGAUUUUUUUAUUAUUAUUUACUGAUGUAUGUAUUUCCUGGGUUUAUUUAUUCAUUUUGUAUGUAUUUAUUAUAAUAAUUUUGAUUGCCAAAUCAAUCUAUAGUUUUUUAUACCUGCAAGUUGUUACCUUAGUAGUGCAUCUUCCCAGUCAUUCUUAAGGACUGUUCAACUUACCUCAGAGUAUUCAUGAACGUAUGUUUUCUUAAAUGUUACAUAAUACUUUUUAUUUAACCUUUUGAUAGCUAUCCUUAUCAUAGGGCUGGGCGAUAAUUCAGUAUUAUGUUUUUCCAACUUUAAGUGAUAUUGUAUUACAUAGAUAUAAUAAAUGGAUGUUAUUGUUUUACAGCAUUCUUCUCUCCAGGAUGAGGCUUCCAAUAUUCUAUAUUUUUCUUUCUAUCAACAAAUCCUAUUAAGACCAAAACCAACAAUGAAUUGAUCCUACUAACAAGUGUUGCCAUGUAGCCAAAGUCUGAUAUUCCUCUGUGUCAUAGAACUCCAUUGCUGUUGUCCAAAAACUAUUAAAAUCAGUGUUUUAUUGGGUGGCAUGUUACUUCAUUACAAUAAACUUGGUUACUGCAGUUGAUUUUGAGUCAGCCCCUUAGCAAAGGGAAAACUCAAGGUUGUUAAUACUCUCGCACACUGUCAAACUUGCAAAAAAUACAUAUUGACACAAUGUUUCGGUACUAGACCUUCAACCCUGUAUCCAUCAUUAUUCUGCUGUAAAUACUUACUAAAGCACCAAAUUUGUAUGAAUCCACUGCUGAUUUCCUGUUUGAGUAACAUUUGCUAAAAGCUACAGUGGCCAACUCCUUUAGGAAAUUACAGAGCCUUUCAAAACAAUAUAUCUGUGACUUGUUUUUUAAGAUUUAUGUUUUCAGUAGGGAUGAAUGGGCUCUGAGUUGAGAGGCACAGAAAGAGUAAGGAUCACAGAAUGAAAUAAGAGAUGGACUAACAUUUUUGGUUUUUGGUCUAUGGUUUUGUUUUACAAAUUUUAAAGAGUUUUGUCUGGUGUAAAGCGUAACAGUGAAACACAUUUCAUUGCAUUGAACAUCAAUUUUAUCAUUUUAAAUGUGUUCAUAUGUUUGUGCAUGCAUCUUCCAUAUUGUGAUAUAUCAGUAUCAAUAUAAUAUUAGUUUUAAUCGUAUUGCCCAGCCCUACCUUGACGACAUAUUUGUAAGUCAUUAGUGGAUGAUGCUACGAACCAAUCAUUUAUGAAUGUUUUUGAAAACUCUUCAGAGGUGCUUCUAGUGAGGAAUGAAGACAAAUCACAGUUAGGGAACAGCAAACUACUGACUUACUUCAGUUUUCUUAAUUUUUUUACACUUGACCACUGUUGCUUUUAUAAGUAUCAUGCACCGCUUAUUAUUUAUAAAUGGGGGGAAAUGAUAGCAAUUAUGAAGCGUAAGGUUCUCCUCGAAAAUACCGUAAAUACCAAUUAAAACUACUGUGUCUGUGCAAUUUUCAUGACUGAUUUUGAGCCUGCAACAGUGUAGCCCUGGGAUCCUGUGAGAAUGUCCCCAUUUGGUCCUUAAUUAUUUACCUCUUUGAAAACCCACCAGGAAAGUAUCAAAGGAACAUAUCACAAUAUUAAUUUCAACCAUAUCACCCAUCCCUACCUUGAAGACAUAUUUGUAAGUCAUUAGUGGAUGAUGAAAUUAACUGAUCAUUUAUGAAUAUUUUGAAACCUCUUCAUAAAAGUGCUUCAAGUGAGGAAUUAAGACAAAUCUCACUUAGGGAAGAGCAAAUUUCUGAUUUAGUACAGUUUGUUUAUUUUAUUAUACUUGACCACUGUUGCUUUUCUCAAUAUUAUUAUGCACGACUAAUUAUUUAUAAAUGGGGAAUGGAUAGCAAUUAUGAAGCGUGAGGUUCUCUUUGAAAAUACCAUAAAUAACAAUUAAAGCUACUGUGUCUUUAGCCAUUUUUCAUGACUGAUAUUGAGCCUGCAAAAGUGUAGCGAUGAGAUCCUCCGAGAAUGUCCCCAUUUUCCUCCUCGAAAACCCACCAGGAAAGUAUCCGAGGUCAUUGUUGCCUUGAAUAUUCAUCAUAUCACACCUAACUUUUUCAGUUUUAAAUAUUCUUUCCCAGUUUGAUCAUCUUCUUCAUUGUGUUUGAGGUGGGUGUGUGUGAGUGGGCUGAACUCUUUUACUUGCACUGUAUGUUCCAUCAGGGUUGCUGACAGGAGAACAAUGUUUGUUUUCACCCAUCUUCUCCAAGAGCUGAGAUUAGAUUGCACAGUGAAGAAUGGGCCAGGUCUGCUCUUAGGUCUCUUUUUUUUCACCACAGCACAAUUUUCCCCCAGUAAAUUGGUCUGUGUUUGCCUCACUCUCUACACCAGCAAAACAACAUCUCCCCUGAAGCUAUAGGAUCUCAAUUCGUUCUUUCCCCAGUGUUGCACUCCCACAACUCCAAUGUUUCUGCUCCUACAUGGUUGCCUCUCUGUGAUCUUUGCUCUCAGUUCAUACAGUCUGUUGCUGCUUUGGGGAAACUUGAUUGGCUUUCUUCUGAAGAUCCUUUUACAAUUCUCCACCUUGCUUUAUGUUGUUUAGCAGCGAACAUUCACAAGAAUUAGUGCUGCACAUGUUAACACAUCAUCACCAUGAUGCUCAAAGCAAUUCUGAGCCGUUCUUUGAAAAUAACCACGUCAUUUCCAUGUUCAAUUGUAACUGUCAGUGACCCAUGUUCAGAAUCAUUUCUACAAUGAAAUAGCAUUAAGAAAUCACUCAACAAUGCAAUAAAGAGGCAAAUGUUUACAUAACACUGGCGUUCUUUAGGAACGUGAGGUGGAAGCAGAUCGUCAUUAAGCAUGCUGUGACAGUUUUGUGAACCUUUGUUCUGCUGUUGCAAUAGCCACCUGUUCCAUGUUUUCCCUCAAGGUCUUGUUCAGUGUCACAGAUCAAGACCUUUCGAAGAUUGGCUUGUAUCGCCACCUCGAAAGCCUUCCUCAGCAAAUCCCCCAUGUACUAUCUGAAAUGAAAUUAAAAUGCCCACCACCUCACAAUACUUAUUGUUUUUCCUCAGCAUUUCCCUUGAAAUGUCGGCAUUCAUGUUGGUGAAUGAUUCCAUGACCUCCAUGGAUCAGCUCCUUGGAGGGGAUCUUGUUUGAAUGGAUGAUGCUUAGAAACACAAUCUACUUUGUGCAGCAUGUGUGGUAUUCUUUAUGACGCACACCAUGGUACCACUUCAGCCUAGUAUUACCUGCUUAUGAGCUUUAAACACAUGAUGUCACCGCAGGGCAGUUAGCUGCUUUACAAGUGUAAUGGAUAGCUUUGAUACGCCUCAUGCCCAAGUAGAGCAACCGUGUUGUGAGGCUGAUAUUUCUGGAGGAGAAAUUGCUGUCUAAUCUUUAUUUGAAAUAAGAUGCCAGCCAAAACUAGCUGCACGCUGCAGAUUUAUGGACAGAUUUACAUCUUGGGGAUAACAACAAAAGCUGCAUAAAUUCCUCAACUGGAUGUCAUCAAACUGCUGCGCACAGCAUUCUUUGCUAUCAGCAGCGUGUUUGGAAACCACAAUCCAUACUAAGGCCUUGAGUGAACAGUGUGCACAUGAUCUAUUAUACUGUACAUUUCACUUAAUACUUAAGAAACAACUGUUUUCUCCUCCUGGUGUGUACUUACAGUUAGUAAAUGGCCAUCUUGUCAAUUUGUCAAUAAUUAAACACUAACUGCAUUGGCAGAUCUCUGUGAGAAAAGGGCAGAGGUUUAUGAAUCACUUGCAGGCAGGUAACUGUCUAAGUUUGUUUAAUUAUAUUGGCUGUGAGGGUCUGAUCCCCAAAGCUCCAGGCAAGUGAUGAAUGUGUAUAUGAUGUGUGGAUCCUGAGUUAUUUGAAAUGUGAGCUGUCUUCCAGUGGAGCAUGUACAAAGUGCAUGAACAAAAGCAUUUUCAGUGGAUAAAACAACUCUGUACCACUUUGUACGUCAGGAUCUAUGAAUUAGUGUUCAGCUUUUGCUAAUGAAAUUGUACUGGGUGUGUACGUAGAAGCCUACCGAUACUACCUUACAACAGGUUCAGAGUUCACAUGUGCUGUAUAUUGUUAAGUGCAGCGAGAGUGUUAAGAUGUUGUUUCGGUGUCUGUUUUACUUUCCAUCGUUCUCUAAAUGGUACUGUAUUGUAAGAUGACAUAUAUUUUUUUACACGUAUCAUUUCAAAUGUUGUAUUGUAUAUAUUGUAUUUAAAAUGAAAUGAGAUUAAAUGAA